AUGGCGGACGGACCAUUCGCCGGGGACUUUGUCCCUGACAUAGUCAAGCAGUUCGUACACUACUUGUACCGGCAUAUCAGGGAGCGCAACAUUCCUGAGAUCCAGUCGAUGUAUGAGAUCUCGUUCCCCAAGCUGUCAGAGCGCUACUUCAAGAGCGGGCCGUGGCCGCAAGUGGACCUGGUGUCUGACCUGGUGGACCAGGACCACGUGUUCUGCCUGCUUUACAAGGAGCUCUACUUUCGCCACUUGUUUGCCAAGACCCAGCCCGGGCUGCGUGCGCGAUGCGAGAGCUGGGACAACUACUGCGAGCUGUUCGGCGUGAUCUUGCAUGGUAACGUGAACAUGCAGCUGCCCGUGCAGUGGCUGUGGGACAUGGUGGACGAGUUCCUGUACCAGUUCCAGUCGUUCUGCCAGUACCGCAGCAAGCUGGCGCACAAGAGUGCGGAGGAGAUCGAGCUGCUGCGGCAGUGCGACAAGGUCUGGGCGCCUCUGGACGUGCUCAACGUGCUGCAGGCCCUGGUCGACAAGAGCGGUGCCGUCGCGGCUAUCGAGGCGGACGGUGGCGCGGCCCUGCUGGCCACCGGCGGUUACCCCCCGGGCUCGUCCAAUGUCCUGCCGCUGCUGGGCUAUUUCAGCCUGCUGGGCCAGCUGCGCGUUCACUCGCUUAUCGGCGACUACGCCACCGGCCUGUCGGCGCUCUACCCACUCAACCUCUUUGAGCGCCGCAGUCUCUUGACCGCGCAGCUGCCGCCGGCGCACAUCAGCCUCUUCUACUACGCAUCCUUCGCCUACCUUAUGCUGAGGCGCUACAGCGACGCAGCCCGCUCACUCAACGCCAUCCUGGCGUACGUGGCGCGUGUCAAAGCCUUUCACACCCGCAACUCUGCUUACGAGCAGAUGCUCAAGAAGAACGAGCAGAUGUACGCCCUACUGGCCUGCACGGUGGCGCUGUGCCCCGCAGUGCAGAAGGGCCUGGACGAGGGCGUACUGGUGCAGCUGCGUGAGAAGUACGCCGACAAGCUGCAGCGCAUGGCGCGCGGGGACGAGGCGCCUUUUGAGGAGCUGUUCUCGUACGGCUGCCCCAAAUUUGUGUCGCCAGCGCCGCCAUCAUAUGACAACCCGCAGGCCACCAACGUUCAAGAGGCUUUCCGCCAGCAGCUGGGUGCGUUCCUGAAGGAGGUGCGCGCAUGCUCCGGCUUGCCGCUGCUGAAGCAGUACCUGCUGCUGUACUCAUCAAUCAGCGUGCCCAAGCUGGCCAGCCUGCUGGACAUGGACGACGGCGCGCUGCGGCAGGCGCUCAUGGCGCUCAAGAACAAGAACUAUGUGAUGGCCUGGGAGCCUGCUGCGGGUGCUGACAUGCUGGGCGGCUCGUUUGUGAGCGUCGCCGACAUCGAUUUCUACAUCGACGUUGACCCUGCCUCGGGCGCCGAGCUCAUCAUUGUCAACGAGGCCGUGGGGGCGCGCCAGCUGGUGGAGGCAGAGGUGCUUAGCCGCCACAUACUCAAGCUGCAGCAGAUCACCAAGGAGCUCUCAGUGGCGCCAGUCAGCGUUGCAGCCGCGCCCGCCGCCCAUGUUGGCGCCGCUUCUGCCUACUGA